AAAAGCGGCUGCGUGAGCGCAUUGACCACCAGUUUUAUCUAUAAUUCGGUCCGCGCUCUUCUCUCUCAGUUUUCCCUCGCCAUGAGUCGGUUUGCCAAUUACAAAUCGAUCAUUGUGGUCUUGAGUACAAUCGGCUCUCUGGCGAUUGGAACUCCCAUCAAACUUUCCGAAGAAGCAAUUUCCACCACACCAAGUAAGGCAGCCGGGAUGUCUAACUGUCCGAGAAUAGUGAGCCGCAGCGAAUGGCGAGCCCGUUCACCAACGGAGGAAUACUUGCCAAUGGUGGUAUCACCCUCAUCCUACGUAGUGGCGCACCAUGGAGGAAUACCCCAUUACUGUUACGACGAAACAACUUGCGCCAACAUCGUCCGGAGCUACCAAGACCUUCACAUGGACGUAAACACAUGGGCCGACAUCGGGUACCACUUCGUGAUCGGCGGGGAUGGAAACGUCUACGAGGGCAGAGGGUGGGACCACGUUGGCGCCCAUUGCCCAGGGUACAACGGUCAAGGAAUCGGGAUCUGCAUAAUCGGCGAUUAUACCUCACGCAUGCCUAACAACGCGUCCCUGGAAGCUUUCCAAUCGCUCAUCGACUGCGGUAUUUCCCUGGGGAAGGUCAAGCCAGAUUACAAGCUCAUCGGGCACCGGCAGGGCCGGGACACUCAGUGUCCGGGGGAAACGUUUUACGCUCAUAUUAAGACAAUGCCGCACUGGGAGCCGAAUCCCGUGCCCUUGUGGGGCGUUUCGGGAAAGGGUGUCUUCAAGCCCGGUACGAAGAACCUCACCGGGACGCAGAGAUGGACGGGCCUUAUUGCCUUGGGAGUGCCGUACAAGGAAUCCGAGCCAAGCACGGGGGAGAAAGUCGAGGAGAACGACGUCGGUCCCUCAGCCUGCCCAGCGAUAAUAGAAAGAUCGGAAUGGGGAGCUCUUCAGGCUAAAAAGAAACCCAGCAAACUUAAGGUCUCGUCUGCACAAUUAGUGAUUAUUCAUCAUGCAAAAACUGAAAGUUGUUACAAGCAAGCCCUGUGCCAUACGAAGGUCCGAAAGAUUCAGGUAGACAGAAUAUUACUGAUGGCAACGUCUACGAGGGUCGGGGAUGGAACAAUCGCAGAAAAGGCCGCGUUGAAUGCUGCGAAGAAAUUGAUCAAAUGCGGGGUUGACUCGGGCAAGAUAAACAAGACUUACGUUCUUCUGGCACACAAGCAAGUUGCACAAACUGCCUGUCCAGGCAACAAGCUCUUCAACGUGAUAAAGAAAUGGCCAGGAUGGCAGUCCAAUCCUCCACGUUAACCGUAAUUUGAAUGUUAUCGGUAACCGAUGUCAUAAUGCGGAAUAAAAAGCACCCUGCAUCGUUU